CUAGUUCGUACUCUGAGACACACCUCCGUAUCCAGUCUCAACACUGUUCCAAGGCACGUUGCCAUUUUUCAUGUUCUGAGAGAGCAGAUCCAACCGUUCGAGCAAUGCCGAAGUGUCUGUCCGGUUUUGCAAUCAAGAGGCCUGCUUACCAUGCUGCCAUGUCUUCAACACCGAAACAGAUAGAGGCCCAAGCGGCUUUCAACUAGGAAAACGCUUAACCUUGAGGAUAAUAGGGAUGUCAUGCGGUAAGGACAGCAUCUUUUCCCUCUACAGUGGUGACUUCCUCGAUACAAGACAUGCAUCGGUUUCGUUGCCUAGCACCACUAUACCACCUCAUCACCGGCCUGGCGGACCUCCAGACUGGAUCAUCCAUUGCUUUGACUGCCCUAAUGGGUAGGACCAUGCAUGAGUGUGGUCGUGCUGUUUCACGUUGUGGAGGGCCUGGAAGACUCCUUGAUGCAUCCAACUCCAACCGAGUCAUGGUGAGUAAGCGACCAACCCUCUCUCUUUCUACGAGAUACCUUAGUACAAUACUAGAGGUAAUGAGUCAAAACAUUACCAUAAGUUGCUAGCAGUGAACCCGGUAGCCUGCUGGAU